GUAACUACUUUUUACGACCGUGCUACGCACCUGAAUUGGAUGACGUCAUUGCACGCGAGUGGUUUAUUGCAGAAUAACCCGAGAUAGAUUUUGCUCUACAUGUAUGUAGGUUAUUUGCUGGUCGUGUUAGAAUCAAGAUUUGACUAUGCAAUAAUUAUUGAGGCUGAUCAUGUAGUUAUUGAGGCACAGUGUGAGUUGCUGCGUCAGUCUCUAUUCCACCAGCCGAGGACAAGCACUGAUCAGAAUAAGCAGUACUCAAGAUAUCUUACUAUUUUGUGAGGGCUUCUCCCUUUUUUAUAAUCAUUGUAAAAGUUAAAUUACAGGGGUUCUCAUGUUUAUUCAUUCACAGGCAAUGUGCUUGCCAUGGAUAUAUGUAACAUUCGACAUUAUUGUUGAUCAUAGGAGUCCCGUGAUAGCGCUAAGUGGUGUCAUAGUUGGCCAUGUGUAUUUCUUCCUCAUGUUCAAAUAUCCACUGGACUUCGGAGGAGUGAGACUGCUCUACGCGCCACGAAUUCUUUACAAAUAUUUCCCAAACCGAAGAGAAAGGAUGGCAUGGUUUGGACAAGCCCCAGCCAGUCUACGACGCUCAAGUGAUGACCAGGAUGAACACAGGUGGGGCGGCCGUGGCCAUAUUCUUGGAGGAAACUAGAUACACUUUCAUAAAAUUUAGAAUUUUGGGAAAACAACUUGGACAAUUUUCCAGACUUUCGUCUAAAUACUCAAAUCCGCUUGUCCCCAGACUUAAUGCAAUUCUCCGGCGUCGGCGUCGUGUGUAGACACCUCGUUAACGAUACUCGGCAAGCUCCUAUCUCACGACUGGAUGAAACUUCAUACAAACUUUCUUAAAGAUAUAUCAACUGAAUAACAUAGGUUUCAUAAUUCUUGCUUCAUUAGAUGAAAUUAUGCCUCUUUUUGUACUUUGCAUUUUUUUUUCAACAAAAUUCAGUUCGCGAUUGUCAGCAAGUUGGUAUCUCUUGAAUAUAUUUUGCUAUUAUCUGCUUUCAUGUGAAAGGGAAAACAUAGAAAUACUGUUCAUACAACUUUGCGCUCAUUUUCCCAUUAAGCAGACCAACCCCAAUCACAAUUUUAAUUUCUUAUGUUUCUUGAUAUUGGCUUUUCCGUCGCCUGCCCAUUCCCCACCCGCAUCACUCACCCACUCGUCCCACACUACUCCAACUUUCAUCCUACCCCUUCCCCGCCCCCACCAAAUAAAAUUACAUUCUUGUGUAUCUUCUUAUCCUGUCACCACCCCCACAGACACUUACAUUACCCCAACCCCAAACCACGCAACCUACUCUUUUUUUUUUUUUUAAAUAUAUAGUUUCUUGUAUUUCUUGAUAAUGUCUUCCUAUUUCGCCACCCGCACUUUACCAACCCCCACCCCACCUCACCCCCUAUCAUUUUUAUAUAUUUUCUUGUAUUUCUUGAUACCGUAUCUGUUAGUAUCCCAUCCCAUUACUAUUCCAUCACCGGCACAUUUACCCACGCCGCUACACCCACACACUCCCAAAACAACCGCGCAAAAUGUUUGUGAUUUUUGAUAAUGUCUCUUAGUAUCUAUUAGACCUAAUGUGUUCAGUCAUCUGUAAUAAAUGCAUAAUAUAAAAGACUAUAGAGUAAGAGAGGGACAGACACCAAGAUAAAGAGGAAAUAAUCACAAGUUCGUCUUGAAUGGGCUAUAGAUUGUGCUUUUCCGUCCGUCAUUCCGUCCGUCUUUCUGUCUUACCAUCAUUCCCUCCCUCCGCACGUUUAUGUCUGUUCCUUAACUCUGCCAUCCAUUUAUGGAGUUUUGUACUACUUUGCAAAAAAUGUUUCCCAUAAUAAGACGAUAUGUCGUGCGCAAAACCUAGGACCUACUGUAGCAUAAAGUCAAGGUAACUCUUGAAAAUCAAAUUUCAACAGGGUUUUUUUCCUGUCUGUCAACCAUGCAUCAGUAGGAUAAUUAUCCAUAAGCUAU